UGCCUGGCUACUCUGGCCGCCAGUCCUAGGAGGAGGCGGUGUCCUUCCCCCCUCCCACUCCGGGCUCGGUGUGAGGCGGGCGCCGGCUGAGAACCCCUGGAACCCCGCGCCAAGGGCUGCCAGGACGUCGGGCGCUACUGGGGGGCUGGCGCAGAGCAUAAAUAUGGCAGAGCUUUCUGAGACAGAAGGACCAAUAGAUUGGAAAGAACGAUGUGUAGCCCUGGAGUCCCAGCUCAUGAAAUUUAGAGUUCAAGCAAGCAAGAUCCGAGAGCUCUUAGCAGAGAAGAUGCAGCAGCUUGAGAGACAAGUUAUUGAUGCUGAACGUCAAGCAGAAAAAGCUUUUCAACAGGUACAAGUUAUGGAAGAGAAAUUAAAAGCAGCUAAUAUUCAAACCAGUGAAUCAGAGACGAGACUGUACAAAAAGUGUCAAGAUCUGGAAACCCUGCUACAGGAAAAAGAUGACAUCAUUCAAAACUUGGAACUGCAACUUGAGGAGCAGAAACAAAUAAGGAUUCAAGAAGCUAAAAUAAUAGAAGAGAAAGCAGCUAAGAUCAAAGAAUGGGUAACAGUUAAGUUGAAUGAGCUGGAAUUGGAGAAUCAGAAUCUUCGUUUGAUCAACCAAAACCAAACCGAAGAGAUAAGAACAAUGCAGUCAAAACUACAAGAAGUUCAAGGGAAGAAGUCCUCCACCGUCUCAAUACCAAAGCUUUCAGAAGGCCAGCGCCUGAGCAGUUUGACUUUUGGAUGUUUUUUAUCCCGAGCAAGGAGUCCUCCUCAAGUUGUAAAAUCUGAGGAAAUGAGCAAGAUAUCAUCUAAAGAACCUGAGUUCUCUGAAGGAAAAGACGUAGAAGAAAUGGAAAUUCCAGAAAAGUCUAUUGACAACCAAAUUCAAGAAAACAACCGAGGUCAGAGAACAUUGCAUCAAACUCCUUGUGUCUCAGAGCAGAAUCGGAAAACAAGGACAAGCUUUGUGAUGGACGGUGGCAUAUCCCAGAAUUCUGGGGCUCCCGGGAGUGACUGGAGUUCCGAUGAGGAUGACGGAAGCAAAGGAAGAUCCAAGUCCAGGUACACGUCCACCCUUUCCAGCCACACAUCAGAGGAAGGGGUCCAGUGUAGCAGGAUGGGCAGUGAGACGUAUCUGACAGCCUCUGAUGACAGCAGUUCUUUAUUUGAAGAGGAGACUUUUGGCUUAAAGAGACCAGAACACAAGAAGCUGUAUUCUUGGCAACAGGAGGCACAGUGGAAAGCUCAGAAUUGUCCCCUCGGAAAGGGAAAUUCUGAAUCAAGUAGAAAAGAGCUCGAUAGUUCCUCAGACGAACUGAAUAAAAAGUUUCAGUCUCAGAGACUGGAUUAUUCAUCUUCAUCGAGUGAAGCCAACACCCCAAGCCCCAUUCUGACCCCAGCGUUGAGUCCAAAGCAUCCUAACUCACUCCCCGGAAGAGGCACACAGCUAGUGCCUUCCUCAAACAUGCCACCCCCCAAAUUAAGGAUUCCUAAUGUUUUCAGCAUAAGUGUAGCACUGGCCAAAAGACAUCUAAGCCAACCACAGUUAAGUUCCGACAGGAUGUUUGGUACAAACCGAAAUGCUAUAAGCAUGAUACGGCCACUGAGACCUCAGGAAACAGAUCUUGAUCUAGUUGAUGGUGACAGUACAGAAGUUUUAGAGAAUAUGGACACGAGUUGUGAUGAUGGGUUAUUUUCCUACGACUCCCUGGAAUCCCCAUGUUCAGAUGACCCCGAAACCUGCGACUCAGUAAAGAAGGCGGCCUGUGGCAAACCUCCGACUCCGCCCCUGCACCGGUUUCCCUCUUGGGAAAGCAGAAUUUAUGCUGUAGCCAAAUCAGGCAUUCGAAUGUCUGAGGCCUUCAAUAUGGAGAAUGUUAAUAAAAAUUCUGUUACAAUGCUUUCCUAUACCACAUCAGGACUUUAUACAUCUCUAAUAUACAAGAAUAUGACAACCCCAGUGUAUACAACUUUGAAGGGGAAGGCGACCCAGAUAAGUAGCAGCCCAUUCCUGGAUGACUCCUCUGGGUCAGAGGAAGAAGACAGUUCCAGGUCCAGCUCCCGGACUUCGGAGUCAGACUCACGCAGUCGGAGUGGGCCAGGCAGCCCCAGAGCCAUGAAACGAGGCGUGUCUCUCUCUUCUGUGGCUUCUGAAAGUGAUUAUGCUAUUCCCCCAGAUGCGUACUCCACAGACACAGAGUACUCACAGCCAGAGCAGAAGCUCCCUAAGACGUGCUCGUCUUCUAGUGAUAAUGGGAAAAAUGAACCACUGGAAAAAUCUGGCUACUUAUUAAAAAUGAGUGGUAAAGUCAAGACUUGGAAGCGGAGAUGGUUUGUUCUUAAAGGUGGUGAAUUACUUUACUACAAAUCUCCAAGUGAUGUAAUUAGAAAACCCCAGGGUCAUAUUGAACUUAGUGCAUCCUGCAGUAUUUUAAGAGGAGAUAACAAACAAACAGUUCAGUUGACCACUGAAAAACACACAUACUAUCUGACUGCAGAUUCUCCCAAUAUAUUGGAAGAAUGGAUUAAAGUGUUACAGAAUGUUCUUCGAGUACAAGCUUCCAACCCACUUUUCCUGCAGCCUGAGGGCAAGCCAACUGUGAAGGGAUUGCUCACCAAGGUGAAACAUGGCUACUCCAAAAGAGUCUGGUGUACACUUAUAGGAAAAACAUUAUAUUAUUUUCGUAGUCAAGAAGAUAAGUUUCCUUUAGGUCAGAUCAAACUCUGGGAGGCUAAAGUUGAGGAGGUUGACAGAUCCUGUGAUUCAGAUGAAGAUUAUGAAGCCAGUGGACGAAGUCUGUUAUCCACACAUUACACUAUUGUGAUCCACCCCAAAGACCAAGGUCCGACUUACCUCCUCAUUGGAUCCAAACACGAAAAGGACACUUGGCUUUAUCACCUGACUGUUGCAGCUGGAAGUAACAAUGUAAAUGUUGGAUCUGAAUUUGAGCAACUUGUCUGCAAAUUGCUGAAUAUAGAAGGGGAACCUUCCUCUCAGAUAUGGAGACAUCCUACUUUGUGUCACAGUAAGGAAGGAAUCAUUUCCCCUUUGACAACACUGCCUUCAGAAGCUCUACAGACAGAAGCUAUUAAGUUAUUUAAGACCUGCCAGCUUUUUAUAAAUGCAGCAGUUGACUCUCCUGCAAUUGAUUACCACAUAUCUCUAGCCCAGAGUGCUUUUCAAAUUUGUCUGACACAUCCUGAGCUACAGAAUGAAAUUUUCUGUCAGCUCAUUAAACAGACAAGACGGAGACAGCCGCAGAAUCAACCAGGACCCCUGCAGGGCUGGCAGCUCUUGGCCCUCUGUGUUGGGCUCUUCCUUCCUCAUCAUCCUUUCCUGUGGCUCCUCAGACUCCACCUAAAGAGGAAUGCAGAUUCCAGGACAGAAUUUGGAAAAUAUGCCAUUUACUGCCAGCGAUGUGUAGAAAGAACACAACAGAAUGGAGAUCGAGAAGCAAGACCCUCAAGAAUGGAAAUUCUUUCAACCCUUCUUCGAAACCCAUAUCAUCAUUCUUUGCCCUUCAGUAUCCCGGUGCACUUCAUGAAUGGGAUAUAUCAGGUCGUUGGAUUUGAUGCAUCUACCACAGUGGAAGAAUUUUUGAAUACUUUGAACCAGGAUACAGGGAUGAGGAAGCCAGCCCAGUCUGGAUUUGCAUUGUUCACAGAUGAUCCUUCUGGCAGGGAUUUAGAGCAUUGUCUUCAAGGGAACAUCAAGAUUUGUGACAUUAUUUCUAAGUGGGAACAGGCUUCCAAAGAGCAGCAGCCUGGAAAAUGGGAAGGUACGAGAACUGUUCGUCUCACUUAUAAAAACAGACUGUAUUUCUCAAUGCAAGCUCAUGGAGAGACUGAUAGAGAAAAACUGCUGCUAAUGUAUCAGACAAAUGAUCAAAUAAUAAAUGGACUCUUUCCUCUGAACAGAGACCUGGCAUUAGAAAUGGCGGCUCUUUUAGCGCAGGUGGAGAUUGGAGAUUUUGAAAGACCUUUUUCCACUCCAGCAGGUCAUGUCACUAAUCAGUGCAAAGCAAAUCAAACUCUCAAACAAGUCAUCGAGAAAUUUUACCCCAAAAGGUAUAGAGAUGACUCGUCUGAAGAACAGUUAAGGCAGCUGUGCCAGCGACUGUCAACCAGAUGGAUGGCCCUCCGGGGACACAGUGCUACAGAUUGUGUGCGAAUUUAUUUGACAGUAGCCCGGAAGUGGCCAUUCUUCGGUGCCAAGUUGUUUCUUGCAAAACCCAUAACCCCAUCAUCACUUGGAAGUACUUUCAUGUGGCUGGCUGUACAUGAAGACGGUUUAAGCAUCUUAGAAUACAACUCCAUGAGGUUAAUAGUCAGCCAUGUGUACAAGAGUCUAAUGACCUUUGGAGGUUAUCAAGAUGAUUUUAUGAUAGUCAUUAACAAUACACAUUCAAAGGACAAACCAACAGAGAAAUUACUUUUUGCCAUGGCAAAACCCAAGAUUCUUGAAAUCACUCUUUUGAUCGCCAGCUACAUAAACAACUUCUAUCAACAAAAGGCAGUUCACCACCUCUCUGCUCCAGCGCUGCUCUCAGCUCGGACCCGGGGCCCCCAAGCCAGGGUGAUGGGAAGCCAGCCCCUUCUAUCAAGCAGCAGACCAACGAAAGGCCCCACUUUACUCUGAAAGUUUGGGAGUCUGAACUUUGACUUCCUGUCCUCUAAGCAAUGGCUGCAUCAGCUCCAAAUAAGUUCAUUUGCAUCCUGGCAGCGUGGCACCCACACAGCAGUAUUCCAUUCUUUAAAAAUAAUGGAAGUUAAUCUCUUUUAUUUGAUUCAUAAAUAUUCAGAUGAAUGUGAAUACUAAAACCUAAACACAGAUUUUUCCCACAUACUGAUUUUCUCUUAGAUUAAAUGGGUUAGAAUUUGUAAUUUUUUUCCAUCACCUUCUUCCUUGCCAUCAGAGAGAUCAUGCGAUAUGGCUUUGUUCUCUUUAAAAAAAAAAAAAAAAAAAAAUUCCAGUAAUCUUUAGCAAAGGAGAUUCAAGGGAGUUUUGCCAAACUCUCAUUUGGCAAACCACUUGGUUAUUUGUAAAUGCUCGCUGCCAAAAAAUUAAGUACUGUAAUUAAAUGUGAUUUUAAUUAAUGAUAUGGUGUUUAGAAAGAAGUCGAGUAUACAAUUUAAGAAAAAGCUGCAGGGAGGUGUUGAAGGGUACAUUUUUAGAGCAAAUGCAGUAAGUCUUGUGGCCCUAUGAAUCAUUGUGUGAGAAAACAGGAGCUAGAUAACCAGAACCUCCUAUGUGGGAUUAGAAAGCAUACCCUGUCACCUUUUCAGAUCACUGGCGUGUAAAACUUAAAACGACACAGUAGAUUCCUGACAUUCCUUGGCUCUCAGCAUAACCCAAGCUCAGUGGAAUAUUGCCCACAUUUCAUUGCAUUGGUGCUGGGUCAUCUUGACCUUGCUUUGUUCAAUAAUAAUAUCUUUGAAAACGAAGAUAGUUAGUUCUUAAAGCUUCACCUCAUACAUACACUCCUGUUUAAUUAUGGUUUAAAAAGAAAUUCCCCAAAAUAUUUUUAAAAGGAAAGCGAAAGUAACUCUUCUAUCAAAGGAGGUAAAUUUUAGUUGAAAGAGUCUAGAAAUGUAUUACUUUACUGGGUUACAUGAGUGGUCAGUACAUUCCAGUAUGUGACAGAAUAAAGUACUUAUUAUUCAUGAUAAAAAUGAAACUGUGAUAAGAUAUGAAAAUUAUAUUGUAAAAAUGUUUAAUUGCAAUAGUAAUCAUGAGUAUACUUAAUUUUAUUUAUGUGUAGAAUAUUUUAUAUUUAUAUUUUGGACAUAUAUUUAUCACUUUGGUAUUUUUGGUAAUUGACCAAUUUGAAAAAGAAAAAGUUAGCUGCUGAAUUAAUUUGUUGGCAGAGCCUUCAUGUUUUCUUUUUCGCUGCUUUCUCCCAAUGGCUAGUACUGUUCUCUUACUAAGCCUUUUGAAAAUUUUCCAUCCCAUGUUAGCAUCCUUAGAAGGAGCAGAACUAAGAAAUACACUGAUCAAGUAAGAUUUUUCUUUAUUGGUAAGGACAAAAGUCAAAACCCCUAUUGAAAUAUUUCCAUUUACAAUUUCCCUUAAAUCUGUUGAGCCACAACUACUCACUGUGUAAGCAAAUUAAUUGUUGAGAAGAAACUGGUUACCAGUUUGGGGUGACUCUCAGGAGCCUUUUGGCUGAGAUACAGUAGAGUUUCUGAGUUCCCAGAAAACUAUUUAAUAAUGGUUAGUUGGUGAGCUGGAGGGUUGGCAGAGCUGUUACAUAUAUGUGAAAACUUCAUUCUCAGGCAAUUGUUACUUCACCCUCUGGUAAGACUCCCCCCUAAGUCUUCUAAUUUAAACAAGUGGUGAAGGCUUAGCUUAAACAGGAGUACCCUAGACUUGGCAUUUAUUUUUGAUAGAGCAGAGAUAAAAUAUUUUGAUGGAAAGAAAUCAAUUUUCUGUAACUGAUGAUGUGAAAAUUUUAUUUUCUGGGAAAUUGCUUAUAUAGCCAUUUAAAAAAUUCAAAGUAUGUUAUUAUGAUUGGUUACAAGAGAAUAAUGUUACGUGUUUAAUUGUAAUAUUUGUCUCCUAUCAUUUUCUUCCCUUUCAAUCAUAAUAAAUGAUUUACAAAACCCA